CGUGUGGAACACAGGAGGAAGAGGAGGUCAAAGCCUGAGCAGCAGUUUGCAAAACGUGAGGCUGGUUGUUUCCUGGGUAGGCACGCAGGUAGACAAAGACGGAAUAUAAUGAUACAGUGCACCGUGUAGGGUUGGUAUUCAGAAGUAAAGGCGUUGUUGUUGUUGUUGUGAUGUACGUUAGUCUGUCCACGUCGCAUCCGUAGGCAGGUAAGAGACGACAGCAGCUAAUGCUAACGACAACUCUCGCGUGUUCUUAGACAGCUUGUCAGCUAUCAUUACAAGCAGAAUAAAGUUAUGACUUUUGCGAAGUAAACGUGAACUUAAUUAAUGAUACAGAGGUGAUGCGUUGUGUUUCUUCGCGUAGCAUUAGCUUUGGCUGCGGAGCUCGUUAGCUAACAUUGCUGCUGCACAUUGGUGCUGCCUCUGGCUUUUUUUUUGUCUUUGGGAACUUGUGUCACGGUCACAGUUGUCAUGCUUCACUCGGUGCCCCGCCGUCCGAUCUGUGAGAUCGGCGUAAACACAAUGAGACUCAGCAGCAGGUCGUUCAGACGGCCCGUGGCCGUGGAGGAGGGCUGGAGGCAGCUUGAGAGGGUGCCGUGGCUGGGCAGGAACGUGGGCCUGCUGCUGUCUUGGCUCCAAAGGGCAGGUGUGGGUGCCAGUGAGGCCGCUGGAUCUGGUAGAAAGAAGAAGGGCUUGCUCUCCAUAUUUGCGGACCACUGCAGCUUUGUGACCGGCCAGAGGCUCCGACGUGCUUGCCAGAUAGGCGAGCUCUACUCCAACCUGUACUCCGAGCGAACCAGGAGGACCCUGGUGGGCAGCAUAUGGCGCAGGUUUCAGAGCAAGCACGCCCCCACUGGGAAACUUGUGGCGGCUCUGGCUGGUGUCUUCAUGUGGGACAAUGAGAAGAUUCAAGAUGAGGAAAUACGCAGGUGUGGGCUUGAGCUACAGGCUCUGGAUGCCGUAAAGCGUCUCAGCACAUCUACGACGAACGUGGCCGGACAUCAGGACUGGGAAACUGUGAUAGAGAAAAAGGACUUCAGAGUGUGGAAGCGGCCUAUUCCUAACAGUCACCUAUACGAAUACAGAGUGUUGGGCUCUUACAACGAUGUCACACCAAGACAGUUCUUCAAUGUACAGUUGGACACAGAGUACAGAAAGAAGUGGGAUUCUCUGGUUAUCAAGCUUGAAGUUGUGGACAGAGAUGCCAAUACAGGCUCUGAAGUUGUGCACUGGGCUACACACUUUCCUUAUCCCAUGUAUUCGAGGGACUAUGUGUACGUGCGCCGCUAUGAUGUUGACGUAAACAACAACUUGAUGAUCCUGAUAUCCAGAGCUGUGCAGCAUCCUAGAGUCCCAGAGACUCAGGAAUUCGUCAGAGUCCAUUCAUACCAGUCCAAGAUGGUCAUCCGCCCUCACAAGUCCUUUGACGAGAAUGGAUUUGAUUACCUGCUGACCUACAGUGACGACCCUCAAACUGUCUUUCCCCGGUACUGUGUGAGCUGGAUGGUGUCUAGUGGUAUGCCAGACUUUUUGGAGAAGCUGCAUGCUGCAGCCUUGCGGGCCAAGAACUUGGAAGUGGGUGUCCACGACUACACAGGUGUCAUCAAAUCCAGCGACACCAACCGGCAGCCGAGCCAGGAGCGCCUCACUGGAGACAAAUCACAUACAGGUGGUCCUGGGCAGAUCUACGCUUGAGGAGGAUGUUUUCUCACUAAAGGCUUUUGCUGGUGUGUUUUCACUUGCACUUCAGUCUGAAUCAAACCCUCCAACCCCAACUUGAUGAGUACUUUACACGAACUGAAAAUGAAGGUUGCAACCUGCAUUAAAGGUCCUCUGUAUACUUGGUGGUAGAGAAGAACAACGGACUGUGUGGGUGACAGCAUUACUUACUGGGAGAAGUUGUUGUUAUGGAAAUUGUCAUCUACACUGUUGGUCUUGGCACAGUUUUUUUUUUUUUUUUGUUUCGUAGCCAGCCAAUGCCACAUGACAAUUUUUGUCCCCCUCUUUGGUAACGAUGUAUAUCUUACAAAUAUUAUUAAGGGUUGAGCCAAAUGUCCUAACUGUAGAGAUACUUUUGCCAAAGCACUGUUCCUCUCAUAUUUAUGUUCUAUGGCUUUCUAUCUUUUUUUCUGACAAAAGUUUCACUGUAAAUCCUGUUUGGACUGCCAGCGGCCGUGUGGCCGUUAGUGCGUCUGUUGUGAUCUCGGCGAUAAUGUUGUGGAAAGAGUUUUGCAGCAUUUCAUGGUAUCUAUGGCUGUCUUCUGGUGGACAUUGUGACUGAAGUAUAACGUUUUCUCAAAUGUACGUACUGACAAAUGAACAACUGAGGCCUCUACAGGGACCUUUAUUUUCUCUUUGAAUGCAGAAUGAUUGGACAGGAUUUAAAAAAAAAACGUUAAAUUUACGCCACAAAAAAACUAUUUCUGCUUUGUUUAUGUCAUUGAUUUGCUGUUAACACCGUUUAGGUUUCACAGUGUGCGUCACACUAUGUUUUUGAGUGUCUGAAGCUGCCAGCCUUCUAAAGAUAAACCAGUCCUUCAGCGUUAGGGCAUAGUGUCUUAUAACAACCACGUAAAUCCUCAGAAACAAUGGUACUAAUGUGCUUCUAGCAGAGCAGUCGUACAUUGAGAUGUUACACUGAACCAGUGCCCUUUAGGGUCACACGGGACACUUGUGCCACAUCAAAGUCUAUUUGCAUUUCAAACGAAUUUGUCCCAUUUCAACUCGGAUUGUUUUGUUUGUCAGUAUUAUUUGCACUCUCGAGCUGUGGGUGUUUUCUGUUUGUUACUGUAGAUCUUGUACAUUCAUAAGACCUGGCUUCUGGUCAUCUCUGUUCCUGCGUCACGCUAUGUAACAUUGUGAUUCUCAAGUUUUUGUUAAAGUGAGUCCUACUGAAACUCCACAGAUUUCCUCCAUCGAAGUCACCCUUCUAAUCAACUCAAUAUAGGUGCAAGAGGUGUUUUUGAAUGUACACGGAGCAUCACCUAUUGUGGAAUAAAACGUCGCCUAUUGAAGUUCACUGUUUACAGCCUGACAGACUGGCACAGCUAUCCUAAAACCCUUUUUGUGUUAAACCGACUCUCAUCUCGUGCUAAAUCGAUUUAAUGUCAUCAUUUCUGUAGGUGGGAACAUCUGAGCAAGUCAACUGUUCAAAAAAAAAAAAUGCAUGCUUCCAAUUUUUUUGAAUGAGGUCCAUAUGUGACUAUUAGUUCAUCCUGCUUUGUCAAAAAAAAUGUACAGUUGUAUGAAGAAGUAUUUCCUGCUUUUUUUAAAAAAAACAAAAUGGCAGUGUAAAAUAUGAGAUACAUGUGAUUUGUUGAAAACAUGAUGGAGGAAGUGAAAUGCUUCAUAUUCAAAAGUCCAAGGUAAACAAACGUUAUUAAAUGUUUGCUAACGUUAAUUUUGUGUGCGAAUGUAACAUUUUACUUGUAGACACCUGCGCACCACCUGCAGCAGUGGUCUGAAUGAGGUUGCAUAAAGAGUUCUUUCGGGAGCCAGUGUAACAUCUGUUGUGGUCAGCGACCAUGUGUAAAUUGUGUUAAGAACAGAAAAGAAGGGUUGUGUGGAUAUGAAGUGGUGCACUUUGUAACUAAUGUGAUUUUGGAAGGGAAACUAAUCGGAUCAAAUAAACAGAUCUUCAUGCGCAA